AUGGAGGAUGCCAAAAACACCUGUUUUUUUUUCUUCCCAGCCUUAAGAUUAAGAUCAGGGCUGCUAUGUCUAUUCAUAGUUCUAGUCUUCUUAUUAGCCUUGAUCAAUAUAUCAGAAUUCAGAGAAAUAGUUAAUAGCUCAUCUAGUUUUAGUAGACCAUUGCUGUAUAAUUCUAGUGCUAGUGGUUUGAGUUCAGUUUCUCCAUCAUUUCUUAUGAGAACGGAUAACAAUACUUAUGUGGGUUCUCAAGGCAGCCAGAUCUUCAUCAAUUGUAGCUGCCCAAAAGUAGUACAGAACUGCACAAAGGAUAUCAAGCAGAAAGUCAGGGUAGCCAUUGAAGCUGAUAAGAAAAAAGACUCAAAGCCUGAGUAUGGGUUCAGUAUUCUGAUUGGAGUCCUAACAAGUGCAGAUCUGUAUGAAAGAAGACAUUUUCUCCGUAUGGUUUAUAAAACCCAAUCCACAGCUCAUGCAAAAGUGGACGUGAAAUUUGUGUUCUGCAAUCUUACAAAGGAUGAUCAAAGAAUCCUUGUGCCUCUGGAGAUCAUGGCCUACAAUGAUAUCAUCAUAUUGAACUGUGAAGAGAACAUGAAUGAGGGUAAGACUUAUACUUAUUUGUCCAGUUUACCAAAGAUGGGAUUGCAAUAUGAUUAUGUUAUGAAGGUUGAUGACGAUGUUUAUUUUAGGAUUGAUAAGUUGGCGGAAUCACUGAAGCCUUUGCCAAGGAAUGACACUUACUAUGGUUAUGUUAUACCUUGUGACAAAACGGAUCCUUGGGAUAAGUAUAUGUCUGGUAUGGGAUAUGCACUGUCAUGGGAUUUGGUGAAGUGGAUUGAGGAGUCUCCUAUUGCAAAGAAUAAUUCAGUGGGGACAGAGGAUCAGUUGGUAGGGCAAUGGUUAGAUGAAGGGAACAAGGCUAAGAAUAGGUAUAGCAAGAAGCCUGCUAUGUAUGACUUUCCUCUAGCUAAUCCCCCAUGUUCUCAUGACUUAAUUCCUGACACCAUUGCUGUACACAAGCUCAAAGACAGGGAGAGGUGGUUUACGGUUCUCACCUACUUCAAUUUUACAUCUGAGCUCAAAGAAUCCAAGUUGUAUCAUCUAUACUAGGUUGAGGAGGAUGUCUAUGUGGCGCUUUUCUCUUUCUUUUACCAAUUUGUAAUAGAAGGAAUAUCAAAU